AGCGGAGAGUGAAUAGAAGGGAAGGUACAAUGGGGGCCAGGCAGUCAAGGGCCAGCUCCAAGGAUAAGGGCCCCAGGAGGAUACUCUUCACGGGGAGGAGACAGAAGUUUUCUCCGUGGGACGAUGCCCUGCUCUCGGGAAGGGACCCGCGGUCUCUGCUGAAGCGGGGCAUGCACCACGUCAGCUUCAGCCUGGUCACCAGAGGAAUGACAGACAUCCCCGACUUUCUGUGGGGCUUGUCCGAGGUCCAGAAACUCAAUCUGUCUCACAACCAGCUCCGGGUUCUCCCUCCCGAGGUGGGGAAACUGACCCGGAUCGUGGUCCUGAACUUGUGCGGGAACCGCCUGAAGAGCCUGCCCAGAGAAGUGAGCCUCCUGCAGUGCCUCCGGGUCCUGUUUGUCAACAUGAACUGCCUGACCGAGGUGCCGGCCGAGCUGAGCUUGUGCCGAAAGCUGGAGGUCCUGAGCUUGUCGCACAACUGCCUGUCCCAGCUCCCUGCGUGCUUCGCUGACCUCUCCAGACUGAGGAAGCUGAACCUCAGCCACAACGUCUUCGCGCACAUCCCCAUGUGUGUGUUCUCCCUGAAGGAACUGACUUUCUUGCACGUGGGCUCGAAUCGCCUGGAAAACAUCGCUGAGAGCAUCCAGCACCUGACCAGCCUUCAGAUCUUCAUCGCAGAGGGCAACAACAUCCACUCCUUCCCGAGGUCGCUUUGCCUGGUCACCAGCCUGGAGCUGCUGAACCUCAACAACAACGACAUCCAGACCCUCCCGGGCGAACUCCACCUGCUGUGUAGACUGGUGAGGAUCGCCUGGAAUCCCAUGGACAAAGGGCUCCACAUUUCCCACAACCCUUUAUCCAAGCCUCUGCCGGAGCUGGUGGAGGGGGGCCUGCAGAUGCUGUUCGGCUACCUGAAGGACAAAAAACACACAUGACGUGGGUCCUGGAGGCCUGGAUGGGAGGCAGCUCACCU